GUGUGUGUGUGUGUGUGUGUGUGUGUUUUGCUGAACUUUGGACUAUUUGAGUAACAGUCUGACUGGAAUCGUAGCAGUUUAGGGAGAAAAAUGGAGAAAUUUUCUCUGCUUUCUGUAAUAAAUGGAAUUUUAAUUGUGAUGAUUUUGGAGGUUUGUGUGACGCCAUCAGUGUCUGUGUUCCUGUCUAGACAGACGGCCCAGUCGGUGUUAUCGAGACAGAGACGCUUUAAUAAAGGAGCUCUGGAGGAGAUGAUGAGAGAUAACCUGGAGAGGGAGUGUAUAGAGGAGAAAUGUACCUUUGAGGAAGCACGUGAAGUUUUUGAAAACAUGGAGAAAACAAGAGACUUCUGGAUCGGUUACAUCGAUGGAGAUCAGUGCUUGUCAUCUCCUUGUCAGAAUGGAGGGAAGUGUAAAGACGGGUUGAGCUCCUACAUGUGCUGGUGUACCUCCGGCUUCAGCGGCAAGAACUGCGAACUCGAGUUUGCGAGGCAGUGUGAUGUGAAUAACGGAGGCUGUAUGCACUUCUGUGUGGUGGAGAAGGUGAAGGGUGUGGUGUGUGACUGUGCUGAUGGAUACACACUCGCUGCAGAUGAGAGAAGCUGCGAACCCACAGGUGAUUACCCCUGUGGUCGUUUGGGGAAGAACAUCAGCAGCAUUCUUGCCACCAGAACUUUUCUCACAGAGGAAAAUGUGAUCCAGAUUCACGCUUUCAGAGAGGAGAACAUGACAGAGAGCAACAUCACAGCAUCAGAAAGUUCCAGUUCCUCUGAGCUCAGCAGCACCACCAUCAGACCAACACUCACACAACAUUAUUGGGAUUUUUUCCCCACUUUACCCUCCAUUAAAGAUGAGAGCAACAGACUCCAGCGCAUCGUAGGAGGACUUGAAGCAAUCCCUGGAGAGAUCCCCUGGCAGGCAGCACUGAUCCUUAAGGAGAAGAAGGUGGUGUUCUGUGGCGGUUCUCUCCUGAGUGAGGUGUGGAUCAUCACUGCUGCUCACUGCCUGGUGGAAGCAGGAAUCGGAAAGUUCUUCAUCAGAUUAGGAGAACAUAAUGUUAAGGUUGAUGAGCAGCGGGAAAGCGAUUAUGAAAUCGAAGAGCACCACAUGCACCCGAACUAUCUGUACAAGCAAAGCCACAACCACGACAUCGCCCUGCUGAAGCUCAAAACUCCCGUCACGUUCUCAGAGUACAUCAUCCCCAUCUGCCUGGGCCCAAAGACCUUAACAGAGAACUUGCUAAAGAGUGCUCAGGUUUCGGUGGUCAGUGGGUGGGGCCGGAUGCGGUACGGAGGACUGGAGUCCGACACGUUGCAGAAGGUGGAGGUUCCCUACGUGGACCGCACUGAAUGUAAAGGCAGCGAUAAGAUUUCACGCUUCAUGUUCUGCGCCGGGUUCCUCACCACACGCAAGGACUCGUGCCAAGGAGACAGCGGAGGACCUCAUGCCACCAGACUCAACUCAAACACCUGGUUCCUGACUGGCAUCAUCAGCUGGGGAGACGAGUGUGCUAAAGAGGGGAAGUACGGCGUCUACACCCGUGUGUCCAGAUACAUGAACUGGAUCACAAACAUCACGGGAAUCAGAGCAGGUACCUCUGGAUGAGAAGAUGUUCCUCCCUGAACACAUUUAUACCAUUGUUUCUUAACCUCAGUUUCCAGUGCAGCAGGAACUGAAAUAAAAAUUCUGAAAGAAAAAAA